AUGGAUCACGACAGAGUGGGGAUCAAGAGAUGCUAUGGAGCGAAGGGUUUUCGAAUGAACUCGAGAAGAUUUUCAGUCGGGAGGAUACGCAGAAAGUUUCUGUAUUUGUUCAGACUUUUGGGGAGAUGGAAAUGUUCAUAUUCGAAUGCUUUGCGCUCGUUGAAGAGAAAUAUAAUUACAAGAAGAAGAGGAAGAGGAAGAGGAAGAAACGGAAAGGAUAGUAUUCAUAUGGAAUUGCCCUAUUCUUACGGUUAUAGCAGUGAUCAUCAUCAGUACAGAGUUCUGUUAUGUCUUUCUGCUGCUGCUUCUUCACGCCUGAAGAUGGCAACUGUUUGCUGGGAUCAUUUAUGGUGCCUUCAAGUCGCCAAUGAGAAAUCGUCAACUUAA